AUGAAAACUUUCCUCAUCAGGAAUGUGGACGUCUUUGCUUGGAGACACGGGGAUAUGGUAGGCAUUGACCCUAAAGUCAGCUGCCACCACCUGGGAAUUGAUCCCGAAGCUGCCCCGCAUAGACAGAAAAGACGAUCUCUCAAUCCAGAGAGGUAUGAGGCCCUAAAGCUGGAAGUGAAAAAACUGAUUGACAACGGUUUCAUUAGGGAGGCGAGGUAUCCAAAGUGGGUAUCCAAUCCGGUGCUCGUAAAGAAACACAACGGUAAGUGGAGGGUAUGCGUAGACUUUUUCGAUCUCAACCAUGCAUGCCCCAAAGAUAGCUUCCCCCUUCCCAGAAUCGAUCAACUGAUUGUUACGACAGCAGGGCAUGAACUCCUAAGUUUCAUGGACGCCUACUCAGGUUAUAAUCAGAUCCCCAUGUUCCCAGGCGACGAGGAAAUCACGUCGUUUAUUACAGACAGAGGCCUUUACUGCUACAAGAUGAUGCCCUUCGGCUUGAAGAACGCCGGGGCAACGUACCAGAGGCUCAUCAAUAAGAUGUUCUCUGAACUCCUGGGAAAGACGAUGGAAGUUUACGUAGAUGACAUGUUAGUGAAAACCCUCAAGGCAGAAGACCACGAAAUGGAAAAUGCCGACCCUCCAACAUGGAAUUUGUUUGUCGAUGGAUCGGCCAGGGACUCGGGAUCAGGGGCAAGAGUUGUUUUGACCAGUCCGAAAGGUCACAGAUUGGCCUCGGUAGUGAGGUUUGGGUUCAAGGCAAUGAACAAUGCUGCAGAAUAUGAGGCCCUCAUUGCUGGCCUAAGGUUGGCAAGAGAGAUGCAAGCUCAGAGGCUCCACGUGAGUAGUGAUUCCCAGCUUAUUGUAAGCCAGGUCAAGGGCGACUUCGUGGCAAAGGAAAAAGAUGACGUGCUCUUCAAGAGAGGCUUCUCACAGCCACUCCUUCGUUGCGUUGGUGGGGAAGAAGCAGAUUACAUAUUGAGAGAGAUCCACGAAGGUAUAUGCGGGAAUCACUCAGGAAGCUUGACGCUGGCACAAAAGGUGCUGAGACAAGGCUACUACUGGCCGACCCUCAAAAAGGACGCAAUCCAGUUCGCUAGGAAAUGCGACAAAUGCCAACGCUUCUCCCCCAUACAAAGGCAACCAUCCCAAGAGCUGACUGUGGUCUCCAGCCCAUGGCCAUUUUCGAAAUGGGGCGUGGACCUCAUAGGUCCCCUACCUAAAGGUAGAAGAGGGGUCAGCUUCGUUAUAAUAGCGAUAGACUACUUCACGAAGUGGGUAGAAGCCGAACCACUUGCAAAGAUAACGGAAACGAACACCUCCAAAUUUCUGUGGAAGAACAUCAUCUGCAGGUUCGGCAUUCCUCAUUCCAUCGUCUUCGACAAUGGGCGACAGUUCGACAACAAGAAGGUACGGGACAUGUGUGAUGAACUGGGUAUAAAGAAACACUUCUCCUCCCCUCAUCACCCCCAGGCCAAUGGACAGGUGGAAGUCGUUAACAAAACGAUCAAGCAUGUCCUAAAAAGAAAACUGGAUGCCUCAAAAGGAGCGUGGGUAGAUAAACUCCCACAUGUCUUAUGGGCAAUCAGAACCACUACCAAGACGCCGACGGGAGAAACCCCCUUCUCCAUGACAUACGGCACAGAAGCCAUGAUUCCUGUCGAAGUGGGGAUACCAUCACCACGUCGUCUUCAUUUCAGCGAGGUGUUAAACGAUGCACUCCAGAGAGGGGACCUAGACUUCAUUGAUGAAAAAAGGGACGCCUCACAAGCAAAGCUUGUCAUUUACCAAAGAAAAAUGGCCAAGUACUACAACUCCAAAUUGCGGAAGAAAUCAUUUAGGAUCAACGAGCUCGUUCUACGAAGGGUCUUUUUAUCGAAGGAGCCCAACGAGGGGACCCUGGGACCAAACUGGGAAGGGCCAUACAAAGUCAAAGAAGAAAUCCGACCUGGGACACACCGCAUUGAAGACAUGGAUGGCAAGCGUGGGCGCCUCAGAGUAGAGGGACUGAACAGUCUCCUCGAUCGCACCAGAGGCGCACGCCACAUGCCUCCAUUCGACGAUGCUAAACGUCGAAAUGGGGAGGCCACUGCAUGGAUGCACCAUUCACCAUGCGUCGAAACGCAGGAGCCUCGGAGUAGAGAGACUGAAAAGCCUCAUCGCUCGCUCCUAAGGCUCACGCCAUAUGCCUCCAUUCGACAUAGCUGA